CCCCAGGUGCUGCUGCUUCCCUGUUGUGCCAGGACUCCCCGUUACCUGAGGCGCCUCCUCGAGGAGGGCCUGAGGGUCCGUGUCCCCAGCCUCAGGCGUUCCCGGGGCGGCUCGCGUCUCCCCGCGGAUCCCGGUUCCCGGGAACCCCGGCUGGAAUCCCGAAUGGUCUCACCAGCCUGAGAACUCCUCCGAGCCUUUGCCUGGGGACCGCGGGACCUAAUCGUAUCCCGGCGCCGUGCCUCUGUUUCCCUUGAGCUACACCAGCUUCAGGUCUGGCGAAGGAAAUGGUUAGGGCAGAGAUGAGCCAACUCGUGGUGUAUUCGUAGCAUGAGGGCCGGCUUUCUAGAGUUUCAUAGAAGUUCCUGGUGCCACCUUCUAUGAUGUCAUCCCCCAGAAAAAGUCAGACUCAGAAGAUGAAGCUGUCCCUUACUACACGAAAGGUAUCCUUGGAAGUGCCGAUCCCAACAGAGAAGGACUGGCCUACAGAUAAUGACGGGGAUUACAUUUUCCUGGAUGUCAAUCAGGGGCUGGACUCCCUGCCUCAGCCUUAUCGAAUGAUUAACAAGCUGGUGAACCUUCUGUUUGACCGGUCCUGGGAAAUUAUUGAAGAGAGGGACGCAUUGAGGGAAGCUGAGAGCAACCGGAUCCAGCCCACCGUCUACCCCCCAACUGAGGAAAUCCAGCUCAACAAAAAGCCAAAUUGUAUGGCUGUUUGCCAAGACUUUCUGUUUAUUGGAGGAGCCAAAGGAUUCUCAAUUUAUAACCUAUACAAUGCUAAACAAAUAUAUGUUUGGGACAAACUUAAAGUUGAUGUCACUUCCAUCUGUGCCACGGAUUUGGGGAGUGAAAUGCUUCUUGCUCUUGUGGAUGAAAUGGGUAUCAUUAGACUACUUUAUUUCUAUAAGGAUGGUAUAUUCCUAAGCAAAGCCAUCAAUGAAGUGGAUGAUGCCAGCAAGCAAGUCGCCUGUUUGAAGAUGGAGAUCUCUCAAGGAGGGGACUUUGCAGCUUUCCUCCUCCAAGGAGCUGGAGAUGUUUGGCUGGAUGUGUAUAAAUUGCCCAAGGAGACUUGGCUCAAGGAAGUGGGGCACCCCCAAUUCCCUUCAAAUUCAAAGAAAAAAGUCAAACAACCGAACACUCUCGAUCUCCUUUCUACAGAUACUUUAGAAAUGGAUGUAAACAUUAAUUUUAAAGGAGAAAUUAAGUUGAGUCUUCCAGUUCACAUAAUGAAGAUCAAACCACCUAAACCUAUUACAGGCACCACAUUUAAAAGUCCCCUGGAAGUCUUUGCAAAGGUAGAGGACUGCUGCGGGCUGGGCUCCGGGCAGAAUCACUUCAUCAAGGAAAGUCAGUGGGAGCAGCAAGCAGAGCUCUUCAACGCUUCCUACAAGAGGUACCUGGAAGGCGAGCUGGAGGAGGAGCCGGUCAGUUCGGCCACCUUCCAUUUCCUGUUUCUUAACAGCAUAAUUGCAAUGCCAACAGAAGUCAAGAACCCCAACCCCGCAGGAGUACCCUGUGUCCUUGGCGUACGCUGGACUGGAAGUCACAAUUUUUUCCUCUAUUCCCUGAACCGAACUCUGAAGGAUAAAGUUGAACCCGAGGGCGUGUGGCCCUGUGCCGCGCCCAUUACAGUCUCUCGGCUCAGCCCCUCCGCCUCCUACCUGGUGCUGGCCUGCGAGGAUGGCGUGCUCACGCUCUGGGACCUGGUGGAAGGAUUCCCUCUUGGGGUCAUUGCUCUUCCUGAGGGAUGUUUCUGCCGAAGCAUUCACUUCCUAAAAUACUUCUUGGUCCACAAGGGACAGAAUAUGUAUACCGAGGAUCCAGUUAAAUCCCGAAUGAAAUGUGUGGUGCUAUGCACGGACGCCUCCCUCCACCUGGUGGAGGCCAACAGGGCACAAGGACCCACCAGCCAUGUGCUCGUGGAGAGGCCCGUAAAGCAUUUGGAUGAAGCCAUCUGUACCGUGGCCCCAGUUCUACCCUUACCUGGCAUGCUGCUGACCUUUGCUCAGAAUGGCUGUGUGUGCCUCAUGGAUGUGACCAAGCGCGAAGUCAUCUGUGCCUUUGCUCCCGGCAGAGACUUCCAUCUGGCAGCCCCUUGGACGCCAGUGUUUGUCGUGUCUUCACAGCCCCCAUGCUUCCUGCUCCGAGAUGACAGUCCACAUGAAACUGGAUCCACUGAUGAUGCUGAAAUCCAAAAUUCUGUUUUCUAUUUUAAGUUUGAGGCCUACCCAUUCCUGAAAAAGAUCUUAAAACAUGGUACCAUUCCUCAGAGGGAGGUGGAAAGCAUGGCCUUCUCCCAGACACUGCCGCUGGAGAUUAGAUGCGAGCACCUCCUCCAGAAGAGGUUUCAGCAGCUGGAGAAGAACCAGAUGAAAGCGCACGAUCACUGGGUCCGGCUGCGGAGGUACUCCAUGUUUCUCCAAAAACUGAACUUCAGGAAGUGAUGCCACCACCGCCCUGGGCUCUCUGAAAAGGUUGCAGCCACCAGGCAGCUGCUCCUCAGGACGCCCAGCGGCUAAGAGACACGCAAGGAGCCCCGGCUCACGCCUGAACUUGCCGCCUGGGACCUCUGCAGAGUCAGCAAGGGGGUGUUCUUCUGGGGACCUUCAACCGCUCAGCCUGUUGUCAGAGCCCUCAGGUGGGCAUACAUGCACCCAAAUAAACAGCGAUAUUGUUCCCAGA